CAGUUGAAGAUGAUAGUUGAUACUUGACCAUUUGAUAAUGAGCUGCUUCCGUUUAUCUGAUUUUUCUCCGACGAACUUGAACUGUAUCCACGUUUCAAUUUAACCGUUCCUCAUGUUCGAACGUAUACUAAAAGUAUGAUUUCAUCUCUGGGGUGCUCUAUUUUGUUGAUCCUUUCAUCGAUUGUGGCUUCGCCAACUACUCCACCACAGGGCAAAAGUUUUGAUGAAUUACUAGAUUCACUAAUAGCCGCAGAAACUAACCGGCAGACUGUCUUGAAGAAGACACUAGAAGUGGCAACUGAACGUAAAAGCAAUGUGACGCUUAAAUUCUUGGAGGUCAUGGUGGAGGCGGAUGAGGCGUUUGUAAACAUACGACGAUUUUUCGAUGCUGGUAGGAUUUUUUUCGAUUUCAAGAAAGGAAAAUCCGACCUCAAGGAAGUAGAUGCAUUCAUGAAAACUGACCUCUUGCGAAAGGAGAAUUUCUUGAAUGAUCAAAUGCUUAAGCUGGCCGAAACACACAAAGCUGCAGAGGCUCAAAUGCACCAGGAUCUGCCCCAGGACACAUUGAGCUUAGUGCAGCCUAUAAUUGUCGCCCUCAAGGAGAGUGAGGAAUUGAUAGCUCCACUCGGAAAACAAUUCCAAAUUAAUUUGGAAGCGACUAACAAAGAAUCACCCACAUAAGAUCAUGAACUUUCGAUGUUUCACUCACGCCUGAAUGAUUCUAUGUAGAACAUUACUGACAUCAUAUUUCUCUUAUAACCGAUUUUCUCAAUAAAAAUUUGUAGCAUACGA